AAAACCCCACCCUCUCUCUUCCUUUCCCAGAACCGGGCAGUUGGGCGUCCAAAGGGGAAAUUGGGCCCUUCCUCGGCUGUGAAGCUUGCGGCGAACCGGACGACUGCAGGCGCACGUCGGAGAAGGACGCGAUGUCGCAAGUGCGAGGCCUGCCUGCGGACAGAGUGCGGCGAAUGUCAUUUCUGCAAGGACAUGAAGAAGUUUGGGGGGCCUGGCCGCAUGAAACAGUCCUGCAUUAUGAGGCAGUGCAUCGCGCCGGUGCUGCCCCACACCGCAGUGUGCUUGGUGUGUGGCGAAGCAGGGAAGGAAGACACGGUGGAGGAAGAAGAGAGCAAAUUUAAUCUGAUGCUUAUGGAAUGCUCCAUUUGCAACGAAAUCAUCCACCCCGGGUGCCUUAAGGUGCGGGAAUCGGACGGCGUGGUGAACGAGGAGCUUCCAAAUUGUUGGGAAUGUCCCAAGUGCAACCAUGCUGGAAAAACGGGGAAAGCGUACAAGCAAAAGCGGGGCCCUGGGUUCAAAUACGCCUCCAACCUGCCCGGCUCUUUGCUCAAAGAGCAGAAGAUCAACCGCGAGAACAAGGAAGUCGUCCCCGAGAUCCCCAAGAGGAAAGUCGAGUGCGAGGAAUCGCCUCGCAAGAAAUCCGACGAGCGCUCCCCGAAGCCCCCCCUGGAUCCUCUCUUGAGGAGGAAGUCCUCGGAGGAAGCCCACCUGCGCCGCAAGCGGAAAUUGGAUAAACCCCAAGAACCGGCGUUGAGGAAGCGGCUAAAACUGGGGAAAGAAGAGAAGCUGUUCAGGAAAAAGAGGCGCUCCUGGAAGACCCCCGACGACCGAGUGGCCGCCAUCAAACCCCUGAGGCGCUUCAAGCAAGAAGGCGGGGAGGCCUUCCCGGAGGAAGCUCCCAAAACCAAGGAGAGCGACCAGUCGCGCUCGAGCUCGCCCACCGCGGGGCCGAGUUCGGAAGGCGCCGAGCCCCGGGAGAAGAAGAAGUUCAAGAUCCGUCGGAAACCUCGGCUGCCCAACAAGGAGUUGAGCAAGGAGUUGAGCAAGGAGCUCAACCAGGAGAUCCAGAAGACCGAGAACAGCCUGGCCAACGAGAACCACCAGCCCAUCAAGUCGGAGCCGGAGAGCGAGACCGAGGAGGACAAGCACCACCUCGGCCCGGAGCAGCCGCACCCUCUUGCCAAGGGCUUCAACGGGACGCCGCGGGAACUCCGCCACCAGAUCCUCUCCAGCCUCCGCAGCGGUGGCGGCGCCACCACUCCCACGCCCAGGGCCAUCGCCCGGCCCCCGCCUUCCCUCUCGCCCCCCAAGUGCAUGCAGAUGGAGCGGCACGUGGUGCGGCCGCCCCCCAUCAGCCCCCCGCCCGACUCGCUCCUGCUGGAUGACGGAGGGGCCCACGUCAUGCAAAGGGAGGUGUGGAUGGCGGUCUUCAACUGCCUCCGACCCGGGGAACUCUGCGUCUGCAUGAGAGUGUGCCGGACCUGGAAUCGGUGGUGCUGUGAUAAAAGGCUGUGGACCAAAAUAGACCUCAACCAUUGCAAAUCCAUCACUCCCUUGAUGCUGAGCGGUAUCAUCAGAAGGCAGCCGGUCACGUUAGAUCUCAGCUGGACAAAUAUCUCCAAAAAGCAGCUGAGCUGGCUUAUUACCCGGCUCCCAGGUCUCCGGGAUCUGCUUUUGGCUGGCUGCUCGUGGAUCGCCGUGUCCGCACUUUGCAGCUCCAGUUGUCCCCUUCUUCGAACCCUGGACAGCCAGUGGGUGGAAGGCCUGAAGGAUGCCCAGAUGCGAGACCUUCUGUCCCCACCAACUGACAACCGGCCAGGCCAGAUCGACAACCGAAGCAAGCUACGGAACAUCACCGAUCUCCGCCUGUCCGGCUUGGACAUCACGGACGCUUCUCUGCGCCUGAUUAUCCGGCAUAUGCCUCUCCUGUCCAAGCUAAAUCUCAGCUACUGUAAUCACAUGACGGACCAGUCCAUCAAUCUGUUGACGGCGGUGGGGACCACCACGCGGGACUCCCUAACCGAGGUUAUUUUGAAAGACUGCAACAAGGUGACAGACCAGUGCCUGUCGUACUUCAAGCGCUGCGGGAGCAUCUGCCACAUCGACCUCCGCUACUGCAAGCAGGUCAGCCGGGAGGGCUGUGAACGGUUCAUCGCGGAGAUGUCGGUCAGCGUCCAGUUCAGCCAAACGGAAGAGAAACUGCUGAAGAAGCUGAGUUAGUAUUUGCAAGGACAGAGUUGUAAAUAGAGGCGAUGAAAGCCGGGGCGGGGGAGUGGGGAGUGGGGGCGGGGGGCAAAAAGGACCCCAAGGAAGAUGCUUCCAUCCUCCGGACCCCACGGGAAUCUACGGCACCCAAGGUUAGCCAUUCGGUGCUCCGGUGAGCCACGUGCCACCUCGUGUGCUGGGAAAGAUACGGACGCGCCAACUCAGAAACCGCGGCCGGAGCGUGGGGAGGACGCCCGCGUAGACUUUCGGCAGGACUCCGAAGCAGAACCUUCCUUCUGCGGUGCUGAGGGUGGGCCCGUCCCCUGCUGUUUUUUUUCUGCCUACGGGACUGUGGUUGUUGGUUGUUGUU